AUGGACAGUGAAGAUGAAUUUGACAAAGAUGGAAAUGUAACCUCAUUUGAGAAGAAGAAGUUGGAGCUGAAUCAUGAGCUGAGUCUGCAGGCCAGAGACCUCAGGUUCCAACACCUCACAGCAUCACCUAGGAACAACAACAUCAUCAUUCGCAUGGAGGCCUUGAAGGCAGUAGUGACCCAUAGCCUGUUGGUGUUGGAUUUCCGAGGUCUGGGAUUGGAGAGAGUGCUGGUCCUGGAGUUGGCUCCACAGUUGAAUGGGGAUCAUGGAGCUCUGGCCACUCAUUCACUGCCAUUUGAGUUCAGAGCCCUUGAAGCUAUUCUCCAGCACAGGGUUAACAUCCUUCAGGCUCGGCUGAAUGAGGUUCACCCUGUUAUCCUGGACAUUCUAGAGUCUCUUGUGGAUCCUAAACUACUCUCUGCAGAUCGCAGCAAACUGCAUAUACUUCUUCAAACAGCAAGAAGUGACCUGUCAGAGCUGGAGACAGACAUCAAGGUCUUCAAGGACAGUCUGCUGAAGAUCCUAGACGAAGAGAGAUGAUCGGGAGCUUUGUGUCACCAAGGGACGGAUCCACCUGUGCAGUGAGGAGAGCAGUCUGGCAUUGAUCAUGCUGAGGAGAUGGUUCUCCUGGAGAACUACUUCAUGCAGGCUGAGGAGCUGGGCAACACGACCAGGGAGCUCAAGGGCCUGAUAGACGACUCAGAAUGUGUCUUCAUCAACCUGGACAGUCACCGGAACGUGAUGAUGCGUCACCUGCAGCUCACCAUGGGGACCUUCUCACUCUCCCUAUUUGGCCUGAUGGGCGUCGCCUUCGGGAUGAACUUGGAAUCCACGUUUGAGGAGGACCCCAAGGUGUUCUGGCUGGUGACAGGCUUCAUGUUCCUGGGUAGUGGACUAAUCUGGAGGAGACUGCUCUCGUUCCUGGGUCGACACCUUGAGCCUACCGUCCCCCACAGAUCCCAACAGUUUGGAAGAGAAACCAAAUCAACUCAAAAGGAGGAGAGGUGAAGAGUGGACUAAGAUAAUAGUUCCUUGUUGCACCACCUCUCUGCUGAGGAAUCUGAACUGUUUGACUGUUUUCAUACUACAGUGAGAUUUUCCUCUCGUUUGUUGCAGAGGAAUGUUUUCUCUUCAUAAUCUCAAUAKAAUUUUUUUGCAAUUGGUUUAARACUGUUGUAAGCAGUGUUCAUGUAUUUAUUAACAUCCUGGAUAUAUUGUUAUAAUGAAGCACACUGUAUACCUCCAGCUGUAGUCAAGGAUACUGCACCAAUUCUGACUGUCCAAAAACAUGGUCCCACUGUUCACCAAAACCACUGUUCAAAUAGCUUUGACUGACUAUACAGCUAAUAAAUAAAGACAUUGAGUACUGAAGUCUCAAA